GGCUUCACGAAGGAGGGGUGGACCCCACUCACUCCUCUGGACAACUUCACUGAGUGGGUCAAGUGUGACUUUGACAGUGCCAUUACACCAGAUGAAGCAUCCCUGCUCUUGUACUUCCCUCCCUACACCUAUUAUGCCUUCUUGGGUCCCGAGCCGAAUGCUACGGCUGUGGACUACCUUGUGACUGAUAGGAAGGGGUACUCUUUCGUGACAGAGUGCCUUGCGAGGAACUUCAAGAAGGAUCGUGUUAAGCUCAACUCUGUUGUGACUGCAGUACAUACUGCAGAGGACUGUGUGUGUGCUGCUGUGAAUGGAUCUUCACGAUACUGUGGGAGGUAUGGCAUUAUGACAUUUAGUAUAGGAACGCUCCAUGCAGCAGUUAACAAAGCAGAGAACUCUGUUUGUUUUAAACCACCACUGCCUACCUGGAAACAAGAUGCCAUCAGGAAUGCCACACCAGUCUUCUACGGCAAAGUUCAUCUCCUCUUCAACUCUUCGUUUUGGAAUGUCACCAAGGAAGACCAGCAGGUGCUGGGAUACGUCUCUAACGAGAGGGGCUACUAUGCCUCUUACAUUAUAGACAAAUUAACCCCAAAUGUCAUCACUGUUGAUGUUGCUGAGAAUCUGGCUGUAAGAGUCUCUAACCAGAGUGAGAAAGAGACCAUUGGGGAAGUCAUGACUAUUCUCAGGAAGAUGUUUGGGCCAGAGAUACCGGAUCCAUACAGGGCUGUUGUAUCGAAAUGGAGCACUGAUCCCUUGUUCAGCUGUUCCUACACAGCCUACCGCACAGGAGUCCCAGAAAAUGUCUUUGACCUUCUUCUAAAGCCAGUCAAUGGCAGUCUGUAUUUCGCUGGAGAGAGUAUGAACAGCAGUGACUAUGGCUACACCCACUCUGGCUAUGGCUCUGGUGCCUAUGUGGCACACCAGAUAGCCCACCUCCUGUCACCUUCACACUACCAUCAUAUUGCUGCAGAAAUCAGACACAAAGUUAAAGCGGAUUAAACUUAGGAGCACUAAUGUACUACUGUAUAUACCUCUGUACUGCUCUCAGUUUUUGUUCCUCUCUCUCCAGCUCUACCUUAGCCACACCUCUCUCCUCUGUCACCAUAUCACUGACAGGGAGAAAUAAGAUAUUAUGUCCCAAAUACUCUGCAAUCACCCUCCCCAAAGAUAGCUAAACAGCAAAACUACUCCUAUAGCAAUUAACUUAUCUUUCGAGAGUUACACAUGUGUGGCAGACAAUUGUGAAAUUCGGAAAUUCCCAAUUCCCAAAAAAUUUUAUGUAAGUGUGACAGUGCCUUCCUCAUUGGAUGUAUACACAAGGAAAACCACACAUUUAGAUGACUAAGUAUAUACCUGAGGUAACCCGGUGUGCAGUGGUUACACGAGCACUUACAUGCUAAUUUAAAAAAGGUAUAUAGGGAUGGUAUAAAAAGAAAGGGAGACAAGAUAAGGAUGGGAUACAUGAAGCAUGGUUAACGAAUGAGUAUAUAGCAUGACUCUUUUUGCUGUAAGUCCUGAGUAUUGUAAUGGUGAAUGUUUAAUACUUUACAAUAUAAAUAUAGGGAUCGUGUGAUGGGGUGGGGGUUGUCAGCAUGCUCAAAUAUGUUCAUUAACAAUGCUUCAUGUAUCCCAUCCCUAUCUUCUUGUCCCCCUUUCUUUUAUACCAUCCCUAUAUGCCUCUUUUUUGAUUCGCAGGAUUUUUAAUUUAUUGUCUCCACUCAUUUUCACAUACUAGUAUAUUAUAUGUAUAAUAUCUCUGUGAAAGGGAGA